AUGGUGUUGCGUCUGUGGUUGUCGCCCGCGUCAUCGAAAAAAAGCAACAACAAACGCGUCGCCGCGGACGACUCGGACCAAGAACGCGACGCGACGAACAACGCGUCGAAAUCCAAGGCGAAAAGAACAAGGGCUCCUGCCAAAAAGGCAAAAACGUCGGCGACCGUGGAGGAACAGCCGGCCACAGAUGAUACGAAGAAAGAUACCAAUGUGGUCGAGAACGCUGCAGGAGAGAUAACGGAGGGUUCGAAGAAGGAUGAAGGCUUGAAAGAUACGGCCGCACCUGGCGCCGUCCCAGCCACUACGGUCGUUUCUCUGCCCGAUAAUGCGACUGAUACUGGGGCGUCUGCUCAGCCGUCUGCUCUUCCUCCAUCGCCUCUCUCCGGUCACUUCGACCUCUACUCCAUGCAUCUUCCAUUCCUGUCCAAAGUCUAUUUCCCUUCCAGUGGUAGCAAGACCGAGCCCGACUAUGAGAGUCUCUAUAACGCCAUCCUCACCUACCAAGCCAAGCCCGACAUGUCUGCUCGUGUCUUCCUUCCGGACCUCGCACCCGGGGUGCAAAAGACCAAGGGUCGGUUCAGGAGCUCAGGAAUCCGUGACCCCAUGGAAGAGCUGCCAUUCGAUAUCAGCAUAUACGCGCUGAAGCCCAAACCCGCCUCAGGUGCAGGCAAGCUCACCUUCACCUCCUCCGAGCUCGACAAGUUCAUCACCCCAGAGACGUGCACCUCCUCCGAUACACCCGGAGUCUCGGGAAAGAUGAAGAUUGCGCUUGGGUGGGGUUGUGGGAUCGCGGCUUCCUCAGGCGUGUUCAAGAUGAAGGGACCUGUGUGGUCUAAGGUCAAGGCGUCCGCGUCUGGGAGUGAAGGGUCUGAGAAGGAAGUAAUGGAGAUCUUCGAGGGACACUUCUCGUUGAAUAUCACCCAUGGCAGCAUGUACUCUAGUAGAGGGCACGGUCCCGGCAGCCAUGUCAAGUUGGCAUUCUGGGCGAUUCGGGCGAGGAAGGAUGGAAAGCUAAUUGGUCAAGAGCGCGCGGAUGACUGA